AAACCCAACUGUGUGCAGACAUUCGCGCUUCGUUUGCGCGCGUGCUGCAAACUUUUGGGUAGAGUCAAGACAAGACAAACUGUCAGUUACAUGUUGGCAACUGAGCACCAUCCAAACAUCAAACGUAGCCUUAGGAAGUCGACUUUCUCCAAGCAGGAAAUAUAUGGUUAUUGUCGAGGACUUGGUAGGCCUACCACUUCUUUAUUUAAGGUUUUCAAAUCUACCUAAGUAUGAAGAAAGAAUUUGAAGCAGCAGGGGCAUUCCUGAAAAAUCUGGUUAAAAGGUCUGACAAGUUGAAUUCGGAACAAGCAGAUGUCUUUGUAGAACAUCUCAUAGAUAUUUUGCAAGAGAAGUACAAAGCUCAUUGGUACCCAGAAAACCCCACAAAAGGUCAAGCAUUUAGGUGUAUUCGUGUCAAUGGUCACCAUAGCAAGGAUGCAGAAUUGCUUUUGGCAUGCCAGAAAAGUGGUGUACAGUACUGCUACUUAGGCUUGCCUUUAGAACUCACCCUCUGGGUGGAUCCAGGAGAGGUCAGUUGCAGGUGAGUCU